UUCUUUGCACGUUCUCCCUCUCUCUUCCUGGUUUUAUGAAACAACUGCUAAUUUAACUUCCUCAACUCCUCUGGACCCACUUAGCAAACCAAGAUUCUACGUUAUGCCUACCCUUUUCUUCCAUUACUUAAUCAUCAUCAUCUUCAUCAUCUCUCUCUCUCUUUCUUUCUCCUCCUGGUGAUCUAUAUAUACAAAUAUAACUGCAGCUACUUCUUAUAUAUAUGUUCUUCUUGUAGAACUUGAUAUAUAUGGAGGGUUGUAAGAGCAAUUCAUCAAUGAAUUCUGAUGAAAGAACAAUAGCUGAUGAAGAGAGCAGUGGAUGGACAGCUUAUUUUGAAGAUUACUCAAACCAUAGAAAGGAGGAUAGCUUCUGUUCUGGUUUUGGUACCUCUUCCAUGGUUUCUGAUGCUGCUUCUUAUCCUGCAUGGAAAUCACCAUCACCUCAUCAUAAUCACAAUCAUGUUCUUGCUUCCUCAUUCUCUCCAAAUGUCCCCAACAAGUUAAUUUUCAAGAAAGAAAAAGCCAGAAAAUUUUCUCAACAUGAUGAGUCUCUGGAGGACACUGCUAGUUCUCCUGUCAACAGUCCCAAGGUCAGUGAUUUCCUGCCAACUGAUAUGAAUCACAGCAAGACAAAUGAUCAUUUCAGUAGCUCCCUGGGUAAAGGAGGUGAUUUACAGCAUUAUGGAGGAGUAGUGGAGACAGAUGAUGAAAGAUGUGAAAUGAGUUGCAGUAGUGGGAAUAAAGACUGCACAGACUUGAAGAAGAGAGGGCUGUGUUUGGUUCCUUUGUCCAUGUUAGUUAAUUAUCUUGGUUAAUAUUCUCUCUCUAUCUCUCAUGUUGCAGCAGAUACACAAGGGAAAGUCCUGUUCAUGUGUGAUGUGAAAUAUACAAAUCUUAAUCUCUUCUUCUGUAACCUAAAGCUAGACCAGAUCUUCCAACUGAUAUGUUGUAUAUAUUCUCAAGAUAAGAGAAUAAGACAAUGUUUGGCUAAUCA